CUGCUAAUUAAUUACAUUGAUAGACUAAAGAUGAUUCAUAAACUGACGCAAUUUCCACACAAUUUCUAGACUAUAUGUCAUAUUUCAUGAUCAUGACCUAUUUGUGUUGAUGCAAUGUAUUCAUUUUUCAGGUAACUAAUUGCAGACAGAAUUUCCCUUUUUGUCUGCGACAAAAACUGUAUUGAUGCAACGUUGUGUGGUGCUUGGCUACAGCGCUAGUUAUGUGACAAUUUUUUCAUUUAUUUAAAUUUUUUGAUCAAAAUUCUAUCGUCGUGCAAUCUGUACGCACUGUAUAUCGUUAAACAAAUCUUCAGUACCGUGAUACCCUAUCCCUGAACACAAUGAGGGGGACAGACCAAGUUUCAGUUCCUAUCACGAGACCAGCGUUGACAGUGUCGGAUAAGCGGGAGUUAGGCGGCUACCAGACCCCACCCGAUGACGGUGUUGUGGUUCGUUGCCGUCGUUACGUGAGGAAGCAGUUGACAUGCUCGCCCUCUGAUGUCAGGGACGUCGUGAGCAAGAGGAUCCCGAUUCUGGGCUUGCUCCCGAACUAUGAUUUCAGGAGCUUACUCAUUGGAGACGCCAUCGCCGGUCUCACUGUUGCCAUCUUGCAGAUACCGCUGGGUAUGGGCUUUGCUCUGCUCGCGAACAUCCCGGCCAUCUGCGGUAUCUAUAUGGCGUUCUUCCCCGUGCUGGUGUACGCCGUGCUGGCCUCCUCGCAGCACAACUCCAUGGGAGCGUUUGCUGUCAUUACGCUGAUGACCGGCAAGGUGGUGAACGAGUACGCGACCUUCCCGGAAGGGUCGCCAGGGGCUCCUGGAAAUGCAACUGCUUUCCUAGCAUCUGUGAACGCAACGGCCUCGGCUGCGGCAGACAUGCCAGUCACUUACACGCCUGUCGAGGUCGCCACCAUCGUCUGUUUCAUGGUCGGAGUUUGGAGCGUUGUGCUGGGAAUGCUGAGCUUGGGCUCGGUGACUGUGUUCUUCAACGACAUGUUGGUGUCAGGCUUCAGUACGGGAGCUGCAGUGCACGUCAUGGUCUCCCAACUCAAAGAUAUAUUCGGCAUCAAAGUCACACCUUUCUCUGGACCUUUCAAGAUUAUUUAUACUUUGAGCGAUGUCAUCAGUAAGCUGCCAUCAGCGAACGUUGCAACUAUCGUCAUAUCUGCCGUGUCGAUGUUCAUUCUUUCGGUCAACAACGAGCAGCUGAAGCCGCGUCUUGCUAAAGUCACCAAAAUCCCAAUGCCAAUCGAGCUGAUCGUCGUCAUCAUUGGCACUGCAGUGUCUUACUCCAUCAAUGUCCAUGAAACUUACAGUGUGAACAUCGUCGGGGAAAUUCCUACUGGGUUGCCAAUGCCCGCCAUGCCGCCGUUUUCUCUGGCCGCGGCCGUGGCGGUUGACAGCCUCGUGAUCGCCAUCAUUGCGUACGCAGGAUCCUUCUCCCUCGCCAAGAUAUUUGCCACAAAACACGACUAUGAAGUUGACGCUAACCAGGAACUGUAUGCCAUGGGUAUUGGCAACGUGAUCAGUUCAUUCUUCUCGUGCGCUCCCAUGGCGGCGGCCAUAGCAAGAGUCCUCAUCCAAGACGCCGCUGGAGGCAUGACGCAGGUCGCUGGGCUUGUGUCCGCCUUCGUCAUCCUGUGGGUGCUGCUCUUCGUGGGGCCCAUCUUUGAAGUUUUGCCCAAGGCUUGCUUGGCCAGCAUCAUUGUAGUGGCUCUGAAGGAAAUGAUAAUGAAGGUCUUCGACAUGAUUGCGAUGUGGAAGGUCUCCAAGGUAGACUCUAUGCUUUGGACCGUGACGGCUUUGGCUGUCAUUCUCAUUGACGUUGACUUGGGCCUUCUUAUCGGUGUCUUGGUGGCGAUCUCUGUUCUCGUUGUUAGAGGCCAGCACCCGAAGAUAACCAAACUUGGCCAACUUCCCGGCACUGAUAUCUACGCGGACAUCGGCCAGUACAAAAAAGCAACGGAAGUGGAUGGGAUGGUCAUUUUGAGCGUUGAGGGUCCACUACAUUUCGCUAAUCGCGACAACUUUAAGGCGAAGCUUUUCAAAGGCUCUGGCAUCAACCCCGUAGCUUUGAAGAAAGAGAGAAUGGCCGAGGCUAAGAAGAAUCCUGAUUAUUCUGAUGACAUUUUAAAACAAAAUGACACGGCCCUCGUCUCUCCCCUCAUGAAGCAGAUCAAGUACCUCGUCUUGGACUGCCAGGGCGUGGACGCCUGCGACGCCCCAGCUGCUAAGUACCUCGCCAGGAUGCACGGCGUCUAUGGUGCCGUGGGAAUAACUCUGUGCUUGGCUUCCGUUUCGGAUGACGUGAUGCGGUCGCUGGAGGUGACGGGAGCGCUGGCCACCAUCACCGCCGGCCGUCUCUUCCACUCUGUACACGACGCCGUCACGUUACUCAGGGCUGAUAACACCCCUACAGCGGAAGAAGAUAUCGUGUCUCAAUUCUAAUCGAGCACGUACUGAGAGAAAAUUUUACUGAAGAACAAACUUACAGUAAUGCCUCACCUCUCGCGGGUGAUAGGUUCCCUGCGAUAGCAGAAAUCGGCGAUGGAGAUCAACUCAUUGUACUUAUUUAUGUAUUUACGUAUAUUGUGGUUGUUUGGUAUAUUUUCAUUGUUUUAAGUCUCUACAAACCCCUCAUAUACUCUCACUGCCGAUCGAUUCUCUGAGACCUAUGAACCAGUGACGAUCCGCUAAUAAUUUCCAUCAUUGAUUUAUAUACAGCGAUGAAGUGAAGCUGUCGUUGAUGAAGCGUUAUAAAGAGAAGAAUUACUGUAGUGCUGCGCUCAUUCCACGCAUACCAUGUAGUCUAUUAAACAAACCUCAGGUGAGGUUUUUUGGCAUCUUUACUCAUUGAUGUGAAAUAAUGAAAUCAGUAGAAAAUUAGGCCGAAUCUCAUCAUUAAUUUCACUUACGCAUAAUUAAAAUCAACGAUCAGUUAGAAGUCUAUUUGGUUUAAAUUUUUUAUUUCGGGGCAGUUCUAAUCGUUAACACAAAUAAGUCCACAAAAAAUACUUUUCCACGAAGAUGAACCUGGAACUCCCUUUCCUCAGCAGCAAUUGCAUAAUGAGUGGCCUUGUAAUCUGCAUCUUCUAGGAGUUGUAAAUAACCGUAUUGCUUUGUUGUUAAUAAUUAUCAUUUCCUUUCUUUUCCUUUCUGUUUAUUUUU